AUGGCGGAGGCUAGUUCCCCAAAUUACGAUGACCUCAAGAACCAUGUAAUGAAGGUUUUUGAGGAUGCGACCAAAGACUGUGAGGACAAGGACAUGAAAAGAGUAUUCGAUUCGAUUGGGGACUACGACUCCUUUAACAAUUAUGCGAUUGAAAUGUUCGGUGCUAUGGAAAACUUGGGCCUCGGUGACGAAGCCAGAGAGCUGUUCAAGCCUCUCUCUGACCGAGCCGUACUGCGGGACGUGGCUGUCCACACUGUGGUCAUUCGGGCAUACGCUGUUGCCGGCAAGACCAAGGCUGUUCUCAAGGCCUACCAGCACAUGAUAGCCACUGGUAUCGCUCCCUCAUCCCUCACUUACACCAUACUCAUCAAUGCACUUGUAGUAGACUAUUCUGAUUACAGUUUUGUUGGCUAUGUGAAGAACUAUAUUCUAGAAAUGUUGGAUAAGGGGAUGAAGCCUCAUCCUAUAUGCUAUUUGGGUCUGUUUGGAGUCCUUGGCUGCCGGGAGUCCGUGGAGAAGGCCACUGAGUUCCUUGUGCUGAUAAAUGCCAAGGGGUUGAGCCCCGAGUCCAAUUAUUUUAACAUUGAAGAAGGCCACUUCAAAAAGGCAAUCAAGGUGUACACUAAUGUCAGCAAUAUAACAACUGACAAGGAUGCGCAAAAGGUGUUCCGGAAGUGGCGCACCAACGCCCCUGGCCUCAAGAAAGAGUUAAUGAAGAUGAUCAAUGCUCUGGUGAAGGAUGGCAAGCUAGAUGAAUCCAUGGAGAUGUAUAGGGACAUCAUUGAGACAGGAAGAGAACCUUUUGUCCUACUCCACACCUGCGUUAUUAAAGCCUAUCUCAAGUCUGGCAAGACCAAGAGUGCUUUUGAGCUGUACCGGGGUAUGUUAGCUGCAGGUGUUUCCCCCAACUCAUACACUUACACAGUUUUAAUCAAGGGACUCGCUGCUGACCCCAACUUCUUUGGAGAAGCCAAGAAGUGCUUGCUUGAAAUGAUGGACAGGGGGAAACGGCCCAAUGCUGCUACCUACACUGCUGUGAUAGAGCUAUUUGCAAGGCAGGAGAGCAAGGCUGCUGAGGAGGAGGGUAAAGUGUUUGUGGAGGUCAUGAUGGGGAAGGGAUUUGUGCCUAAUGCAAAGGCAAUGAGCGAGGUUUUAAAGGGCAGACCAACACCUGUAAUUAGAAGGGUCAUGAGUAUAGUCCUUUCCAAGUUGAAGCACUGA